AUGCCUGAUGCCAACGCCGUGUCCAGAAUGGCAGAUGAUCGAUAUCUGGGUGUCUGGCUGAACGGGAUAGAAGAACGACAAGCGAGGUGGUAUUUGAAGGAAGGCAUCCCCUGCUUCAUAGCAAAGGAAAUCACGUCCUUGGAGCGCGCUCAGCUCGCAGCUCCUGAGACUAUGAUAGACUUCGCCGCAGGUUCCAGUGCGGCGUCACUACAUUGGGGCGUUAAUGACUAUGAUUCGCUUGCCUUGUCUCGAGGGGACCUGUCACUACGUGACACCUCCUCCUUCCAUGAUCCGGGAUGGGUGUGGUCUGAACCCCCUGUUCAGAAGGACAAAUUCCCUGCCAAAGAGCCUCCUAGAACACAAGUCGCAAAUUGGGCAUGGUCCGAUCCUCAAGUUCAGAAGGGUAAAUCUCCUAUCAAGGAACCGCCGAAACCACAGACCGUUGACUAUGGACCUCCUCCUGCUGAAACCGUAAUCAUUGCUAAGGACCGGGUUCCCUGGAUUAAACCGCCUCCAGUCAAGAGAGCUGCUCCUAGCCGACCGGGAGCUCCUCCCCAUGAACAGAAAAAGUGGAUCAAAUGGGUGGAGAAUUAUCAGCCCAAAGGGUCCUUCCGCGAAGUAGGCGCCAAGUUUAUUCCCGACCACCAUUCCCACUCCAUGUACGAUCGUGACAAACAUCACCACCUCUUUUUUCUUCAUCCACCUAGAGCACCUGAAGGAUGUGUGUCGAACCCAGACGUCUUUGGCAUGCCCUGUCCGAAGGGAAUCUAUAAAGACAUGAACAAGAAUCGACGUCCCCAGCCCUACUGGAUCUACAAAACUCAGGAGCCACAAUCAGCAGACGUAGGCAAGAUAGCCCCCGUUCCCCGACCAGAAGAUCUUCCCUGCCUGAAUAGAACCCCACUUCCCCCGCCUGAUGACGACAGUGACAGUGACGACGACUAUUACCCCGACAUGGACUUCUUACGCCAGUCGGUCCAGAAUAGAGCAAUGACCACAGAUGUUUCCUCCAAGAGCGCGACCGCUAUGCCCGCCGCUCAGGAUAUCGGAACAAGGUCAUCACUCUCAGCCCCAACCGUCAAAUUAAAUGCUGUUAUUUCAUCUGUCGAGUCAGAGCCCGCUGCCUUAGGCGCGACCAUAGAGCCGGGGGUCGGCUCGUCUGAAUCCACCCAAAUUCCUCCCCCUUUGCCUGCCCCAGUGUUGAAUCACCCGCGAAAUGAGGACGAAGUCUCGAUAGGGGAUGAAGAUUCUAUUCACGAAGCCAUGGGCCCUCAGAUCCCUCCUCUUACCUUCACUGUGGAUUCAGAGAUAGAGGUAGAAGAAGCUCCCCCCACGGAUCCCCUUGAAUUUGCUUCCUCAUUUCUGAUGUUGUACGGCUUACCUGCUUCGGAAGAAUUCUCGACUAUUCAAAACCUGAUAGCCUCAAUCGCUGCUCAUCUUCAACUGACAGUCAGGCAAAUUUUCAGAGUUUGCUCAGACCGCAGUCAGAAUUUUUGGUUCGAGAUGGAGUCAGUGGAUCAGGCUCGACAAAUGAGGACCUACAUGCAUCACAGGAGAGAAAACAGUAGAGAAUUGCUAGUCGCUUAUGCAGAUUAUGGAGAUUACGUCAGAGCCCUCGCUCGUUCUUCCCACAGAUGGCCAGAUUCCACGACGAUUGUCGAAGAUCAGAGGCCCUUCCCAACUCCAGGUCCCACGGCCAGCUCAUCCUCCCGGGGUAGGGAUGUCAGAGAACGUCACAAGUCUCGGGACGUUCGACAGCGAUCACCCUCAGCGGAUCGCUACCAUACUGGCAGGAGGCCCUCACCCCUCCCACAACGACGAUCACCCGUGCAUUCUGAUUACCUUAGAAGACGUUACCAACGGUCUCCCUCCCCACACUAUCGGGAACAUGCCCCUUACCGUCGAUCUCGGUCGCCAGAACCCCGUCUGUUCCGGCCCUCUCGUGAUACAAUUCCGGUGGGUUCCCAGGAAAAUCGGUCUAACUUCAACUCUGUUGCUGCUCCAAAUGUAGAUACAGGUGCAACGGUGCAAAUUCCCCCAUUACCCGUAUUGCCUAGUGGACCAGCCUUCGUAGGAUUACCACACAACGCCCCGCUGCCCUUUGGCGCGAACGUUGCCUUCAUGUGGUCACCCUCAGGCAACACCUUUAGUCCCGUCCUCUUGCAAGGAAACACGACCAUAAUUCCCUUCCCUAUGCCAUCGUCCAAGGCAACCCCUAGCGCUCUGUUACCAUGGCCAGUGGCUGCGGUGUUGCCUUCAACGACCGCGCUGCCUUCUUUCACUCCUACACAGCCUACGGAGCCAUUAGCCUCCAGAAUCUCAUCUACACAACGAAUACCAUCCGGAUCCCCACCUCCCACCCCCGUGCAACCAACCCUUAUGUCUCGAAUGACGGAACAUCUGUCCGCCAGGUUGAGCGACGCAGUGCCUUCCAAUCUAGCUACCAGGCUCUCGAACCCUGCUCAAUGGACACUUGCCGAUCGAAUAUCGGAAGAUGGGCCUAUGGGAAGCUCUGCCUCAUGGAAUGGUCUUACGUCUUGGGGAGGCACGGUACAGCCUGCAACAGCCCCCUUAGUUACUCCAGAGGACCUGCAUCCCACGCCGGAUUCAAUGGACGAGGAUCCUGUUGAUCUUGAGGACGAUAGGGAACCAGACUAUAAGAGGACGAAGAGAGGACGUCGGAGUGGGCAGAAAAUCCAAGGGUAUAGGAAACGAGACGAGGAACGCGAGGAACGGAAAAGACGUCAUCGGCGUUGUUGA